CCGUAGCCGUGGUGUUCGAAAAUUCCCCCUCGUAGUCUUGAAUAUCAAAGAAAACUGUGCAGCCAAAAAUCAAAACCUCAUUAACCUUACAUUAGAUCCUUCAGCAGCUGUAUUUCCAGUCCAUACAAGAACCCAGUUAAUGUAAUGCUUCGUAAGCCAAUUCCAUUCCCACUCUGCCAUCUCCUUACUCUUAGAGAACUUCGUACGAAGUCAAGUAACCGAUACCCGCUGAGAAAUGGCGAUGACGACGAGCGGAAGAUUCUUAGUCAAAAUGAGAAUCAAGAGGACAGAGUAUAUUUCCACAAAAGCAAGGGUCAACAUAUCCUCACCAACCAACGAAUUCUUGACACUAUUGUUAGGAAAUCAAAUGUAAAUCCAAAUGAUACGGUUCUAGAAAUCGGACCUGGAACUGGAAAUCUCACUCUCAAGCUUCUUGAAGUUUCCAAGAAGGUUUUUGCUAUUGAAAUUGACAAGAGAAUGGCAGAUAUUCUCAACAAACGCGUAGCUGAACGUGGGUUUCAAGAUAAGCUUUCUGUUAUAUGGAAAGAUGCAUUGAAGGCCGAAUUUCCACGAUUUGAUCUUGUUGUGGCAAACAUUCCAUACGGGAUAUCUUCUCCUCUUGUGGCUAAAUUAGUGUUUGGAAAGAAUCAAUUUAGGAGUGCGACACUUCUUCUUCAGAAAGAGUUUGCAAGGAGGUUGCUGGCGAAUCCUGGAGGGUCUGAGUUCAACAGAUUGGCUGUGAAUGUGAAGCUGCUGGCUGAUGUAGAGUUUGUUAUGGAUGUAAGUAGGAGGGACUUUGUUCCUUGCCCGAAAGUUGAUUCAUCUGUGGUUAUAAUAAGACCAAAAGCAGAAAUUCCGGAGGUUAAUCUUGAUGAAUGGUUGGCUUUCACAAGAACUUGUUUUGGUACCAAAAAUAAAACCCUUGGGGCAAUUUUUAAGAAGAAGAAGAAAGUGAUAGAGCUUCUGAGAUUAUCCAAAAAGAUGGGUCCAAAUAGUGAAAAUGUUGAGAUUGGUGACCGUUGUGGUUGCAGUGAAGAUGAGGAUGAUAAAAGGGAGAGCGAAGGUGAAGAUUUGUAUUCAUCUUCUAGCUCAGAAUUGGAAGUGAGUUUGUUUAAGGAGAAGAUUAUUGAGGUCCUAAAAUCAGGACGAUUUGAAGAUAAGAGACCUUCAAGGCUGUCUCAUGAGGUAUUACUACAGUUGCUCUCCUCCUUCAAUCAAGCUGGAAUAUUUUUUCGUGAUCAAACAGAGCAAAACCAUGCAUGCAAUGUAGAAUUUUUUGCAUCUGCCAAUUCAUAGCAACAUUCCCUUCUUCCUAACUUUAUCUUCAGUUCCCUUUCUGCUCAAUUGCCUUUGCAAGAAUAUAGAAAAUUACUGUAGUUAGCAUGUCGUCAAAGGGAUAAAGGCAUUAGGUAGUAAACUUGUGUUUCCGAUCGUGCUUGAUACAAUUUGAAAAUAUUUGGUUGGUUAAAAUUUGACUAAAGCCUUGUAAACUUAACAGUAGGGGUGAAUUUCAUCCAAGCUCAAACAACUUGAAUCACUGUUUGACUCAAACUAGAGUUCACUUUGACAGUG